AUGGAUGCCCCUGGCCACGUCUUGACCGCUGACACACAGAGAACAAAGUCGGGAAAUGGAAGCGGAAAGGAUUUUGGAAAGAACAUUGUCGGAAAGGGUGCUAGCAAGGGACCGCCAGCGAAGCCGGGGUCUCUGACAGAAUCGGGUCCAGUGGCGAAGCCGGCGCUGGCAGAGGAGUACAGUGCGGCCACCGCAGCAACAGGUAACAACACUGCGUCCUCUGCCGUUUCUGCAGCUCCUGGGGAAGAAAACGUCAGAGUUGGUAAUUCGCCUGCGACCUCCAGUGGGGAAGCACACGGCAAAAAAGGUGAAAUAAGUGCGAAUGCUGGUAAAAAGUCUUCAAUGAAAAAACCGAGUUCGCCGUCCCGGGACACGUUCGUAGCACUCCACAGUGAAGGGCAGCACAAAGGUGGCCAGCCUGAACAACGUGAUCAAGCGGCUGGCGGCAAAAAUGCAGCUUCGUCCUUGAAUACCACUAACACAGGGAAAAUUUCAAAGCCUGCUGCGCUACCGGGAAAAGCGUUCGGGAAGAAGAGUAAGCCGGCGACUCCUGCUGUCACGUUACCAGCAAAGAUGCCGGUUGUUGCAGAUGAUGGCCAACGAAUGCAUAACGCAUCUCCUCGCGCUGUGACGACCGAAGGAGAGACGCAGCCACUACACUCGCCUGAAGUUGUAGCGUUGUCGAAAAGUUCAAAGUCCGGAAAAGAAGUCAGUUCUAAGCCUAAGGGUAAUGUGCCUGCCACGCCUGAGGGCGAAAUGAUGGUAGGCCUGUUUGCUGGGGUAGAGGAUAGCCCUCUAUUUGCAAAGAUAAGGAAAAGCCGUCGGGACCGUGGGUCGGAUGGGGUGGACGAUGAGCCCCAAAAGAAGAGCGUAGUGGCACCCUCACGUGGAUCGGAGGAUGCGUUGCCCAAACGCGACAUGGGACAAGCGGCCUCGGAGCUGCUACAAGCGCUUUUGAAAGGCAAAGGCGCUGGUAAUGCGGCUCGUGCAACGAGGCCGACUGUUGCUGACUCUUCUGCUGCGAAUAAAGGCGACAGCAAGCCUUCGGCGCCUCCCAUACCGUCAGCUACCGGGCCGAAGGGUAGUGGAGGUAAACCUGCGCCACCAGCGGUACCGCCAGUUGUCCGGAAAAGCUCUGCUAGAUCAAAGUCGCAGAAUUUUUCUGGAACUCCUCUGCAAAACAACAAAGCUGGUCGUGGUCCGAGCGGGGGAGCACCCUCCGGCCGCAGCAGCGGAAAUACUAGUGGGCACACCAGUAGCAGUAAGUCUACCAAUGGAAGUGACCUGUCCGAUGCGAUGGCCAAUUCGCCGCUAUUUCUGAAGAUGCAGCGUCGCACGCAGCAGCUGGAGGAAGCACUGUCCGGUGACAGCUCCCCUCCUGCGGAGCUCGAGAACGUGGUUGCGGACUCCCGACAACCACGAUUUUCUCCAGGUCGUAGAGACACCGAUUCUAGAAGUCGUAUGCCAGAUAGUCUUGUUUCACCUGGAAGCAGUGCGGGUUCUUCCAAAUUGGUGCUGGAUUCCUCUCCAAGUGUGCAGAGGGACCGCCGUGUUCUGACGACUUCUCCGAAUGCAGACAGAGACGGAGCAGGAGGAUUUCCGAAGAAUUUGAAGCAGACAAGUAACUAUGUACCUUCUUCAGCACAAAGAGCCGACGUGAAGAAAGACACAGGCCCUCCGGAGAAGCGAAAAACGGCGUUGGAUCAGUCUCCGCUUUAUCAGAAGAUGCUGGACCGUCGGAGAGAGCGUGGGUCCGACGACGUUCCGCGGAGCAGUGCGGCGACUAGCAUGUCGGUUGGAAGACUCAGCAACGCACGCGCAUCGCGGGAAUUCCACCGUUGUAGCCUCGGUGGGCCCGAGCAGGACGCACAAUCGUUCUCAGUCAAGUCUUCACGCGCUAGUGCCGACAGAAAAACAACUAGGGACUCGCGUACAACGGCCGAGUUUGCUGGAGGAGAGUCGCCCUCAUCAAGAUUUUCGGGGCGCGCCUCGUUGGUCGAGAAGCUCAAGGGAAAAAUCAACCGGGGCUCGAAAGACCGAGGGUGCAGGGACCGAGGUUCUAAUGAUCACGGCUCCACCGACAGGCCAGCGUCGAGCGCGAUCAGCCGCAUGCGCGAUUCGCGGCGGACCGAUGAACCUUUUAUCGCCCCUGGGGACGACCGCGUGGAGGAAGCCGAGGCCAACACAAGUUGUUGCGCUAGGGCGCGGUCGUUCUUUUUUUUCCAGGAAGAUUCAGAUCUUGAUGAGGAUCUCCAAAGUUCAAGACAAAGUCAAAGCCGGCGACCUGUGUCGGACGACGACGAGGACCUUGAUGCGUCCGACUUUCGACGCUCAGAAGCCUGGAUGUCCACGCCUCGGGUUGCACUUGAAAUGCCACGUCGUGUGGAGGACGGCGACAAAGUACUGACUAAAUUUAAAAGACACUUUCUCGUGAUUCUACAAUUGAUUCAAACAAGGAAUAGCAAGCUUUGUGUGACGAGUAGUUUGAGUUGUUUUGUAUGAUCAAAAUCAAUGUAAUAUCAUUUAGCACAGCUUUCGUACACGAUGGAUCUUUAUUCCGCUUGUGUAGUUUUUCCUUACGUGGAAGACGUCCACAAUUGUUAUCUAGGUACAACUGGAACGCGUCACAGACAUUCCCUCGAAAUACCUGGCACCCUUGGUCCUCCCUGGGUUGGCAAUAGAUGCUUGCGUUGCGGUUCGCGUAGAUCUCGUUUUUGGUGACACCGUAAGCACCAUGCUGAGAGACCUUGUUAUAGCGUGCUCAACUCGCGACGUCUAUGGUGCUUCCAGAGUGCUUCAAGUUCUAGAUGACAAAAUGGAGGACUGGGAGUUGCAGCAGCAUCAAGACGACUCCGAGCAGGAACUAUGUAUGGCUGGCGCGAACUUCCUGUCCUCGAGACGCCUUGCCGAUGUCAUUCUGGUCGGCGUCUUCAACACUCAAAGCGGUACACGGGAACACGUAUUGCGCAUCCCGACAAUGUAUUUGGCGCCGAUAUUUUUCCAGCAGGUUGUCCUUCUAAAGCGCAGGCUGAAGAGCCUUCGCGACCCUUUUUCCCGCCACAAGAAGACGAGCGCCAAAAAUUCGCUACCAGACACUGUAACGUUGUCGACGAACAAGGUUUCUCUAAACGAAGCACCAGCGUCCUCUCCGAGCAUGACGUUGCAGGUGCAACCGCAAGAGUACGAGGAAGAACUCGAACAGAUCUCGUGUGUCUCGGGUGCAGGAGUUGGGUCGCACGUUGCGCUCCGGUUUCGGGCGGGUGAACGAGUCCUCCUCCAUCCUGGUGCGCUUCGCGAUCGUGUGCUCCACCCCCUUACCCUUCGAUUCAGGAGGCAACUUUCUACCGGAACUACUGAGAUGGCCGGGUGGUUGGACCCCGUCACGCGGUCUUACAUAGUUGUGCGCGUUGAGAGCGAAGAAGAAGAUGAGCACGAAGGAGAGGAAGAAGACAAGGAUCGCAGCACGUCUUUGACGGCCACGGACGAAGUCAAUAAGGACACGACUGUGCCGACGAAAACAGCCGUCGAAGAUCCAAAGAAUACGAAAACUUUUUCUAGUGAUGCUAUCGCGGACGGGAGCGGGGCGAGCAUUAAAACGAGUGGUGUCUCCAAUUCUGUUCAGAUGGAACCGAUCCUGAUGCCCCUUCCUGUGGCUCUGUUACGUCCCGCGCUAGCUCUUUCAAAUGGCCUGCACGGUCCGCGCUAUGGCGACGAAGAUGGGCAGGUGCGAAUCCCGUUGCCCAUCGGGUCUCUCGUCUGUUUGCGUGAAGUUGUGUUGCCUCCAAGGCUGGAGGUCUUAGUGAAGUGCGUCCGUCGCGGUGGCACCCUCGCGAUCGUUGAUUGGCCUCCACCUGAAGCACACGCGGAACGCAUGUCCGACAUGAGCAUUAAGAUUCAAAAGACGAUGAGCUUUCGGCCUGGAAGACGAAUGGUGCGUCUGCGAUUAUCAGGGUAUGGUGCUGUGGGGCAAGUGAAGAAGCGUAUCACUUUCGGUGGCGUACUGCCUGCAACACUUGACCCAAUACGCUCAGCGGAACCGAGUCCACUGAGCCCGCUGAACAAGUGGGCAUUACGAGACCCCGAUUCAAACAGUGUCUCGCCGGUCUCUCCUGGUGCGUCUCCCAAGCAGAGUACAAUAGUAUCAAAACAGGCAGACCCGUUUCAUCAGGGUGAAGAGCCACGGCGUGAGCUGCGUCGUGAAGAAAUCGACGUCGAGGAAUAUUUUCUCUCGCCCUACCACCUUCCAGCGGGAAUCACGGAAAAUGAAGAACACGUGGCUGCGCCAGUUUUUGGAGACUUCGUUCGCGUCCGUGAAAUUCACACAGAUGCGAGAUUUGAGGAGGACCUCAGGAUACUGCGUCGCGCAGCUGCGAGAGGGGCUCUUCUCCAAAUGCUUAACCCUCUCGCAAAAAGAGACCUUAUUUUACUCGCAGGAGAAAGAGACCUGUUAAAGCGAGAGAUGAAAACAGAAAAAGACCUGUUAAAGCGAAAGAAGAUGAAAGAGCGGUCUGGUGCUUCUUCUGCGAGUAGGGGUGCUGGCGGGAAAAGGAGUGGUGAGGAGAUAGUUUCCAGAAGGAGAAGCAAGACGGCCGGAAAUAUGGAUGAUGCCGCGCCGGAAAGAACGAGAGGGGAAGAGAAAAACGGAGAGUCGCCACAAGCAAAGAGGAGCGUGGGUGGAAGAGCCAGAAGCAGUGACUCCUCUAGAGUUUCAUCCGCGGGUAGCAGCAGCGCGUCGGACUCGUCUUCUUCCCCUUCGACAUUGCCGAAGCUGAAGUCUUUUAGCGUGAGGUCAACGGCACCAUCUCGAUUCUUGGAGCGGCGAAAAUCAUCGCAGUAUGGUAUGACGGACAAGGGCGCAAAAAAAACACAGCUCUAUGCUGACUUCGUAGAUGUUGCCGUUAUCUGGUGUUCGGCGCGCCAUGAUGCUAACGGCGUGUCUUCUCUUCUAGAUGCAGCUCGCCAUCCAGCAGGAGCGGCCUCCUUACUGCCAGGUGAUACUGCGUCGUCUCGUGCGGGAGUAGGUGUGCUUCAGGGCGAUGGGCAGGACAACUCUGGUGACCUCCAUGCGCCCAGACAGGGCGUCAUCACGGAAGCGAUGCUUCUGGAGAGUGUGCGCGAGGUGUAUUCAGGUAUUCCACAUUUUGCUUUGGAAAAGGCAACCAUGGUUAGCAUGGACUCAGCAGAGAGUGAAAGCUUCUUGCCCUUCGGGGGCUUCCCUGCAAGAACAGGGAGUAAAAACUCAAUGAGUGGAGUAUUGGAGAAAGGUCCGCGUCGAGGAGGGGUGAAUGUUGGAGUACGAAGUGACCGCCAGAGUAAGCGUACGACAGAAGCACAACUGCAAGAUCAGCGCGCUCUUGUGACGGGUUCCAAGUCAAGUACAAGGUUUUCUAAGAGAGCAGCAGCAGGUGCAGCCGGCACGCGUAAAACUGGUAACACGGCGUUUUCUGGUUCACGAUUUGUGUCAGGACUAUUGAGUGACGGAGUAAACAAUCAAGUACUAGGAUCUACACCAGAAAGAUUUUCGGAAUCGGACGUCGAUGCAGUAUCUUCCGGCAUGGGCUCGAGAGACGCUGACGACGCUGUUGGAGAAACGGAAACGCAUGAUCGCGGCGAGAGCAAAUUAGCAGUACUUGAUGACGGUGACGGUCAGUAUAACAUCGAUGAUGAGGGAAAGAUUGUAGUGGAUUUACGAGCUUCUCAGGCCGCAUAUGAAAUGGGAAGAGAAGGUUCUGCACGUGGAGGUAGUGCGGAUGGAAUACGCGAAAGUGCAGGACGAAUUCGCGACAGCGCUGCACAAAUAGCAUCGGCAGAGAGAACUUCGGAACCAGAAGUUAGGAUGUCUUCGGCAAGCACAGUGUCCCAGCAUCCUGUUGGAGGACACCGAGAAGCGUCUUCGAUCGACAAACGCGACCGCCCACAUGACAUACCAGCGGCAACUGUCGAGCAACCCCUGACACAACCGAGUGCAAAUGAGAGCUCACGACGAGCUACGCGUGAAAGCACCAUAAAAGUGGAAGGUGCGCAUAGAAGUUCAGCGCUCGUUGACGAGACGAUUGCUCCUUCCUCUUUUGACAAUAGUUCUCUGCUGAUGUCGAGAUCAGAACAAGGUAGGACAAACUUGUCAUUACUAUCGAACUCGAUCAUUUCCAAAUCCCUUCCCGAUAAACAUUCAGCUGUCUCAGAGUCGCAGGAUGGUCGGGCUGGCAAACAAUCAAGUCCAGCGCAGCCUCCUGAGAAGGGUAGGGCAAACUUGUCUAUACUAUCGAGCUCGAUCAUAUCCGUUCCCGAUGAACAUUUAGUUGUCUCAGAUACACAGGAUUUUCAGGAUGACAAGAGAGUAUCAAGUGCAGGUAAGUUCACUAGUUGCCGACGAAUAAAUCAAAUACCGCGGAUUCAGAGCAUAGUGCACGCUUCGAGGAGGACAGCCAGUGCUUCUGCACGUUCAAACUUGCACGAAGGCAGGGCCCAACCGCCUUCCAGCCGAACAUCCCACGCUAGCAGGGGCGCAGAUAACCAAGUCUCCCACAACAGCACCGCUAAUGAGGAACUCUUUUCUGGGAAGAUUUGGCCCUUAUCCCAAGUUCACAGUUGGUUGUCAAUGUUCCGCACAGCCAUUCCGCGUGAAGAGAGAUCCUCCGUCGAAGUUACAAAUUACCGCGAAGGUUGGGAGACGGGCGAGAGAACGGAGGCACAGGCCUCUGCCAUAGACUCUGGGGAGCCACCUCGGAGACCCAUUAGUCAAAAUGAACCGGGAGUCUUGGUUGGUCGUGGAGAUGGUUCAAGCAAGCGAGGACCUAGUACGCUUGGCCUGCAGGCGUCCUCGAUUGAGCAUGGCAUUUGUGUGCCUGCUCCUUCUACGUCGUCACCAGAAUCCGCACGUGGCUACGCCGAUGACCAGCCACUUUUAGGAGAUGUCGAGCGAAGAAAUUCUCUGCGUUCAGAUCACAAGACGUCGACAAGACCUACUGUGCGACGCAGAACGAACUCGCGAGUCACUGCGGAUCCGCAUGUUGGUUCGACCACGGACCCGCAGAGGAUGACCGACCCUCACCGUCGCACAGCUUCUAUGGCACACGAAAGUAUAAACCAGUCGACGCUUGCACUGUGGGGAGCCUACCUGAAUAUAUAAGUAAGUAGUAACAGCUAGCACUGUCAGCGUACGGUUGAACGAAUCCUCGGAGUGGCCGCGGAAGUCAAAAUCGGGGUAACCAAGAUGUAAGUCCAGAGCGAAAUGCAUCGUUCGUGAUCCACGAUGAUGCCGCACUUUGUCGAGUAGAUGAACUAAACACUGAGGAUUUGAUAGUUGCAUCUUGUUCCUGAGAGCAUGUUACGGAUGUACCCAUAAAAAAGACAGUGAUGGUACUUUACGCUGAUGAGUGCACAAGUUCGGGAGAUCCACGACAUGACAUGGACAUGAUUUUAUUUCGCCUGAUACCUUCUUUCAAGAUAAAUUGCCAAGCAGAACUCAACUUUUAUACCAUUUCAAUUCGCACUGGUUUCAUCACGCUUGCGCGUCGUUUCCUUUCCAUUUCAUUUUGUUUUUGCGGUUGGCAUCUCUGUUUACAGUUUGCCCUCGCAUCCCAAGAUUCAUUUAAGUAUACGUGAGCAAAAACAACGCUGCAGAUGACAGGAUAUCCACAGUGGAUGCCAGAGUUUGUUUUCCGUGUGCUCGCCAGAGCGAGAAAAGUAUAACAAGACUGUGAAUGCAGCGUGUGGCUGUAACACAAUGAAUAUUUACAUCGAGCGUC